UAUUAGUACAAAAGGGAAAAGAAAGCUUCGUUCUCGCAACUCGCAAGGGCAUUUGGUAUCCUGGUUUCUGGGAGACGGGAGCAAAAUUAAACGAGGUCGCUAUGGUCUUCACAAAGAGAUCGGGUUUGUCUACAAAAGAGAAACGCAUACUUGAAAAGACCCGUCAAUUCAAAACCAAGAUCAAAGACACCUCUGCAGCUUUGAAUGUCAAAACAGCUAUUAGUAAGAAGAAGGUUCGAAGUCGACAGAAGAAAUUGAAAGCAUAUGAUCUCUCCAACCUUUCGGAGUUUCUUCCCGAGUUGAAGACAGUCCAGUUGAACACAGCGGAGCUAUCAAAUUCUAAGCUGAACUGCAAAUCUAGGCAGAAACUGAUAUUAAAGGAAGGGAAACAACUGUGUGCUGUUCUUAACCAUCCUGUAUUCCAGUCGGACCCACUGGCUGCCAUUCAUCAGCAUUUACAGAUGACUCAACCUGUUGAGAAACCUGAUAGAAAGAUGAACAAAAAUAAAAAGAAGGAAAUGAAGAAAAAGUCCAAGGCUUCAACUGAAUCUCAGUCUAUGGAUAUGUGACAUUUAUGAGAUAUGAGCUUGUAUUUGUUUACUUUGGAGAGCUUGAUUGCUCAUCACUAGAACAUAUGAUGAUUAUUGUCAUUGACCAAUUUUGAGAAUUUUUAUAGGAAAUUACUUGUGAGUUGUGCCCCAUCAUCCAUGUUUAUUUGUGUUUUCU